CAUAGUGAUCCCCGAUUUUUGAAAUUAAUCGUUCAACAGCUAAUCGAAUACUUUUCAGCAGUUUGUUAUUCGAUACGAUUAAUCGCCCCAAAUAAUCGAUUAAUCGAUUAAUCGUCACACUGAGAAAAAUAAUUAGUUAGACUAAUAUUUCUCGUUUGCUAGAAAUCCAUCUGAGACCAAAACAGUGUUCAUUCCGCCUGAAAAUUAAUUAUUAUCUUAUACGCUCCCCUAAACUGAUAAACGAGGUUCAGUUAGUGUUGACCGCAUUGAGCUUCGUUUACGAGUUUAGCGGAGCAUUAAAGACAAUGAUUGAAUUUCAGGGUAAAACUGCAACGGCCGUACCUUUUUUCUCUCUUGAAUUGGAUCGAUUAGUCGAUCAAUUCUCAAAGCAACGCGAACUCGUAUUUUUUUCGCAGCAAAAACUCGAGUCGUUCUAAGUUUUUUCGCUUCUCCGCAAGUGAUCCCGUGCUUCGUUCUAAUUGAUUGGCGGGAAAAUCAGCGAAAACUUUCAAAAAACAGGCUUAACGGUUUAUAAUGAAUGAUUCAGUGAACAUCCAAAAUAAGCUUGCUUAUCGUACACAAAUCGUAUGACUCAUCGAUGAGACAAAAAAAAAAUUUGAUAUUGAUAAGCAAAGUAGCGGACCAUCGAUUAGUAACAACGUUUUGCGCAGCGCAGAGAUGAAGUUGCACGAUAUCUGGAAGCUCUUUGAGUCCGAACAAUUUGAUCAAAUUGUUCGCAGUGAAACGGAACGGUUUGAAUCAUGCUGGACAGAGCUGGUUAACUGUGACCACGUCCAAAAAAAGAAGUUAAUCGUGGCGCUCAUCGCGGCCGGAGUCGAUUGUGAUUUGAGGGAUGCUAAGGGUCUUACACCGGUGGAGCAAGCACUGGCGCAAAAUAAUGCCGGUGAGCUGGUUGAAGCGAUGUUGCUGGCAGAGGCGGAGCUUUAUUCUACCCAGGAAAUGGUUUAUCGACUGGUGCGACGAGGCUGCCUUCCAGUGUUGGAGAUUUUCUUGGAAUUGAAACGUAUCACGGAUGGUGAUAAACACUUACUACUGUCUCUGGCUCUGGAAGAGGCAUCGGUGAAAGUUGUACGAUUGACACAGGUCAUGAGCAAUUAUUGUCACAAGUUUUUGCUGGCUUUUUAUUACCGCAGCGCUGGUAGUUGUAAGUGGGGUGACUACGAGCGCAGGCAGGGUAUCCUGAAAUUAUUCGAUAUAAUAUUAAAUGAAAUAUCGUUCUUGCAGGACUACGGAUCCGAUAGUUUUACGAACAUCGACAACGAAUAUUUACAAUCGUUGAAAAUAGUCUCAGAGAGUCUGCUCAAUGUGAAUGCGCUAUGGCGUGAAGACGGAGUGAGUGGGCUAGGGCCGUACCGUUUGUGGAAUCGAUUGUGCUCUAGGGAGAUAGUAUUCUGCUUCCAAAUCUUUAUUGCUAUCCAUAUGCAGCAAGAGGGAAGGGAAGAGUGUGUCUUAUUUAUCGACAAAGCGUUCUUGUCGGUGCUGCUGGAAAUGCUGGAAUUUGAAAUUGGAGCGAUAAAAAAGAAUGGAAGUAGACCUUUGAUCGAAGCUGAGAGCAUGGAGCGAGAUUUGGAGCAACUAGUUUUGGAAAGUGAUAUUUUUGCUAGAUGGAAAUGUAAAUUUCCCAAACACAAACUGAAUCGGGAGCAGAUCCGGAAAAUUGGGAAAGGAAAAAGAGUACCUGCGAUCUCCGAAAGACAGCAAAAGUAUCUAAAACAGCUGGUCUCUGAAAAGCAGAACAUUCGACAGAUUCGUUCGCAGUGGAUUAAAUUACAUCCAAAAGUACGGUUAAGCAAAAAGGCUAUCCAAUGGGCAAUCGAAAAGUCCCGAAAUUCUGCUAUCGUUCGGACGAAGCCGUUCAGUGAAAGAAUGGCAAAGAAAACUCGCUUAGCGCUGAAGAUGCUACAUCUACGGCAUGAUGGAGCAAGAACUUUACAUUCUCUGAAAACUCUGCUCGUCGGUAUCGAAGCUGUGAAAGAUAUACGCUUGACAGGAAAAAUUGCGCGAGAGUUCGCAUUUGCUGCAUUCAGAAGAGUAUUGUUUGUUUUGGGCGAGUAUACUAAAUGUACAGAAGACACACCGAGUUUGGAUAAUUGUUCAUUCACGACGGCUAAAAUUUUGAAUACAUGUUCUGUCCUGAACGUUUACAAAAAGCAAAGGAAUAAAAUAUCGCAUGGUCUCUCCCUUGCUGAUGUUAAUCUACGUCUUCGAUGUGACAACGGUGAGAUGGAUGGAGUAUUGUUGGCGUAUUGCGAGUCCAUCCAGGAAGAUCUACGAAAAUGUUACAAAUCAUUCCACUACAUUUGGGUAUUAUCAUUACUGAAAGCAGCCCGUUCGUCUUUGGGGCGACUAACAAGGCUCCGAUUGCUAGAACAAUGCAAAUCCUACUGCCAGUUGUUGUCAUGUGUGCUGAAAGAGCAAAAUCAAUACGUAGACAAAUUUAAUUUAUACCACAACUUUCCUAAAAUGUACUCUCAGUUAGAAGAAGUCAUGAAAAUCGACGAGUUGAAACACAAAUACAAUGAUUUCAAGAGUAUCUUUAAUGACAUUAAGCAGGCUGAAAACGAAUCGCGAAGGAAUGAAGAUCAUCACUUAAGAUGUCUCAACCUAUGCUUGUACCAUUUGCGGCAGUUAGAAACCGCCGAUUGCCGGGAUUCUGUGAAAGUGAAGAUGAUAGCCAUGUUGCGUUACACUGAAGUUCGCUUUCCAGAUUCAAUACUGACACUAAGGAAAGCCACGAAUAAGCUGACUUCGGUGAUGCAAGAAAAGCGGUAUUCAUCUGGUACGGCAGGUGCGCUAACAUUAUUAAAUCGCCACUUAACAAGCAAAGAAGAUCGCAGUCUGGACCUGAGCAAGGUUCAUUUCCACCAAUUCUUGCCAUUUCAGAAUGAACGCUACACAGAAGAUCUUCUAGUUGCCCUCGAUAUCCAUUUGAAUUCGCGUCAAUUCUAUUCGCUUCACUACGAAAUGACGCAGGAAGUGUACGAACCACUGACAAUAGACCACAUUGGGAAUGUAUUUGCAGUCGACAAAAAAUUCGAAGUCUUCGAAAGACUGUUGAAAAAACGUCAUAUUUCGUACGAUGUUGGACUGAUGGAGUUGCUGCGAAAAGAAGACGGUCGGAAAUUCCAGCUUUUAUUCGAGCAAAUGAGUCAGUCCCUUUACGAUUUGUCCGAGCGUGCUAAACGGAUAAAUGAUGAAUAUAAAUUUGCUCGUGAUCUCGCUAUACGGACGGGACUUUUAGAAAUAUGCCAGGCAUUGUCGCAUACUAAUGCAUUUCAAGCUAAUUACCAGUAUUUCAACACACCAAUGCCGCUAGCAGUCGGAACAUACCUUCGUAAUAAUUUAGCUCACGGCUCCAUGUUAACGGGUUCAAUAUUCUUCUCGUCUGAUGACAUAAUAAUAUUAACAAUACAUGUUCUGUUCGAACAAAGGCACCAGAUCAUGAAUCGCCCAAGCAUCGAACGUACACCAAAUGUUGGAGACAUCACACGAAAAUAUACGCGACGAAAAGCAUUGCUAAACGAACUACGAAUGCCCUUCCGUCUAAACCCGGAUAAAAUGACACUUUUACAAAACAAACGCUUCGAUAUCUACGGCAGAUUCUACUUUCUGAGGCCAGAGGCCCGUAGUGGUUGGCAUAAUUUCCUAGAUGUUGUUGUUUACGACUACCCGGAUGAUACUAUCCGGUAUAUAGAAAGUGUCCGAAAUUCGGUUCCAUGCCAGCAGUCGGUAUACUAUUACCUAUGGAAUCGACUCAACUAUACUGGAUCAAUUGUUGGACAUCCUUCCCUGUUCUCCCACAGAGGAGAGAGUAUCAUGAACGCAGCAAAGCUUGAAAUGAACAACAUUCUCAGGUACUGCAUGCAAAUGGGGAAAUUUGAGAAGUUCGUCGAUCUCUUCAAUCGAUCCGGAAAGCAAAUUAAACUAAUGGAUGUAUUUAGUCCUUCUCACCCAAAGUGUAUCCAGAAACUCGUUAAAAUCAUUCCAUGGAACGCGGUGGAUAAUGAGAAUCGAACUUGGCUCCAUUUGCUUUGCCAAGUCAACAAUACAGAGGCACUACAAGACGCUCUGAGAAUUCCUGCAGUUAGCAAACUGCUCAACAAAAAGGAUGGUAUUGGCAGGACACCGUUGAAUAUUGCUGCAAACAACGGAAAUUUUGGGAUUGUUGAUAUUUUGCUUUCCAACUGUGAUUCCCUGACACUCGACGUUGGAACGCUACAUCAAGUAAUCAUGAGUCAUCAGAACAGUCUUCUGAAAUAUUUCAUCUCUGAUUUGGAAAAUAACAGAAUCGAACACGCUUCUCGUUUUGUGGCAGCGAGCAUUGGGCUGGCUGGGAAUGUUGAUGCCUUGCGAUAUUUCAAAACCAAGCUGUCUGAAAGAGCCUUCCGGAACUUGCUUGCCGGGAAAUCGAUUCUGUCGAAUGCUUUUCUUACGAAAUCUGGGAGAUAUGUCAUCGAGCGAUUUUUAGUUUUUCCUGAGGUAUUGGAAACCCUCAAUCAAGCUGACGACAACGGUAACAAGACCCCUCUGGUUCUGGACCUGAACGUAGGAAGAUUCAAAUGUAUCAACCUUCUAGUAGAACGUGGCGCCGUUGUGAAUUUUCCUGUCAUCCAAACAGCAGCAAUGCAGAAUAGCUUUCGUUGGACAAAAAGGCUGUACAAAAUGAAGGCACGCCCGUUAGAUGAUGUUGAAUUGCUUGUGAUCAUAAAAGGUGUUUUGUAUUACAAAAUCAACAUCAGAUUGCUCCAGUUUUUCACUGAACAGUUAACGAGUUUGUCCGUACCUUAUUCUUACUUGUUCAUAGCAAUCCAGCGACGCUCGCUCGAUCAUAUUCGGUAUCUCGUUUCAAAGUUCCCUGGAUUAUUAGCACAAGCAUGUGACCGAAGCAGCUACCACCCAUUUAUUAGUGCCCUAUAUUCGAUCCAAGAUGCGGAUUCUUUCCUACAAGAUAAACCGCUGAUCAUGUACUUAUUGGAGCGAUGCCCAAACCUUCUAGAAAGGGAUGAUCUUCUGAUCGAAGCUGUGAAAUGCUGUGAUCUUGAUACAGUUCAGCGCCUCAUCAAUAAAAAGGUACAUCUCGAUGGGGAAAAAGAAGGUUUCACAGGCCUAACGAUGGCAGCCUUCUUGUACACUACUCGCAAAGAAAAUUACGGUAUGCUGAAAUUGCUUCUGAAACGUGGUGCCAGUGUUCGUUCUCUGCUGAACAACAAACCAGACUAUCUUACACAUAUCCACCUGAUGGAAACAAUCCUCCAGGAAACGUCAUUCGAUCCAUCAGAGGCAUUUCCGCGAGUUUCCUUCAUCACGAAUGCUUGUGCGAGCGGAAGCUUGCGGUUGGUCAAACUCCUCAUUGAAACGUAUAACAGUGACAUCACCUUGGCGCCAUUGACCGCGUGCAUCUCGAUGGAUUCUCACGAAGUGUUACGGUAUGUUUUAUCUCGCUGCUAUUCAACUCCUUCCAACGAUAUACGUUUGAUAAUGCAAGCCCUAGAAUAUGCUAUAAGAAUUGGAAAGUUGAAGGCUGUGAAACUGAUUUCGACGCUUGAUUUAAACAUGGAACAAAUCUCUUCCUCAUAUGCGUUUACGGCUCAUCUUUUGGAACAAUUGCAUUUGUUUAUCUACCUCCAUUCUAUUAUCAAACGAAAUUAGUCUAUUGCUGAUCAGGACAGAAUCAAUAUUAUUCAACAGACGCACAGUAUUUAAAUAGAGAGGUCGGAGAUAUCACUGUUUUACAGUGGAAUUGUCGUAGUCUUAUCCCUAAAUUGGAUACAUUCAAAUUUUUAAUUCAUAAGUUCAAUUGUGAUGUUUUUGCUCUGUCCGAAACUUGGCUUUCUUCGCGAGAUGAUCUCUCUUUCCACAAUUUUAAUAUCAUACGCUUGGACCGUGAUGACAGAUACGGAGGGGUGCUAUUGGGUAUCAAUAAGUACCACUCAUUUUUUCGAAUUGACCUUCCACCUAUUGGAGGGAUCGAAGCUGUUGCUUGUCAAGCAAACAUCAGAGGCAAAGACCUCUGUAUUGUCAGCUUGUAUUGGCCUCCGAGAGCUGCGGUUAGCCGCAAUCAACUUGUUGACAUGUGCUCACUCCUUCCUGAGCCACGAUUGAUCUUGGGAGAGUUCAACUCUCACGGAACUGCCUGGGGGGAACAGUACGACGACAAUCGUUCAUUGUUGAUAUAUGACCUUUGUAACAGCUUCAAUAUGACCGUUUUGAACACUGGGGAAACAACACGUGUACCUAAACCUCCUGCUAACCCAAGUGCUCUUGACCUCUCGCUUUGCUCGAAUUCACUAUCGUUAGAUUGCAAGUGGAAUGUAAUCCAGGACCCCAACGGCAGUGACCACUUGCCAAUCAAAAUUUCCAUCACCAUUGGUUCGAAUUCUUCUGAAUCUAUAAACAUGGCAUAUUACCUCACAAGACACAUUGACUGGAAAAAAUAUGCGGACGCAAUUGCUCUAGCCAUCAAUUCCAGAGAUGGUUUGCCUCCAUUGGAGGAGUAUAACUUCCUUUCUCGUUUGAUAUAUGACAGCGCGGUUCGCGCUCAAACGAAACCCAUCCCAGGCUCCACUUUUCGUCAAAGGCCUCCCAAUCCAUGGUGGGAUAGCCAAUGUUCCAAGCUUUAUCAGGAUAAAUCGAACGCAUUUAAAGCUUUUCGGAAACGUGGAACCAUUGAGAAUUUUCAAACGUAUUUGCACCUUGAAAAUCAGUUCAAAAAUUUGAUCAAAGGGAAAAAACGUGCUUAUUGGCGAAAUUUCGUGGGAGGUUUGUCACGAGAAACGUCAAUGAAAAAAUUAUGGAAAGUGGCUCGAAACAUGAGAAAUCGCUCUUCAACGAAUGAAAGCGAAGAAUAUUCACAUCGAUGGAUUUUUAAUUUUGCACGGAAGGUUUGUCCCGAUUCCGCUCCCGUGCAGAAAAUUGUUCGAGAUAUACCACAAGAUAGGUGCGAUCUUGAUUCCGAGUUUUCGAUGGUAGAAUUCUCUCUUGCUCUCCUUUCAUGUAACAAUUCUGCUCCAGGAACGGAUAGAAUUAAGUUCAACUUGUUAAAAAACCUCCCUGAUGUGGCGAAACAUCGCUUGUUGAAUUUAUUCAAUCGGUUUCUGGAGCAUAAUACUGUUCCAGAUGAUUGGAGACAAGUGCGAAUUAUAGCUAUUCAAAAACCCGGAAAACCCGCGUCCGACUUCAAUUCGUACCGCCUAAUAGCAAUGCUGUCUUGUAUACGGAAAUUGUUGGAGAAAAUGAUCUUGUUUCGCCUUGAUCAUUGGGAUGAAACGAAUGGCUUACUCUCAGAUACACAAUAUGGGUUCCGCAGGGGCAAGGGGACGAAUGAUUGUCUUGCGUUGCUUUCUUCAGAAAUUCAAAUGGCUUACGCCGAAAAAAAAACAAAUGGCUUCAGUAUUCUUGGACAUAAAGGGGGCCUUUGAUUCUGUUUCAAUAGAGGUUUUGUCAGACAAAUUACACUCUCGGGGUCUGCCGCCUCUGUUGAAUAAUAUGUUAUAUAACUUGCUUUGUGAGAAACAGUUGAAUUUUUCUCACGGGGAUUCGACAGUAAAUCGGGUCUCCUACAUGGGCCUCCCCCAGGGCUCAUGUUUAAGCCCCCUUUUGUACAACUUCUAUGUAAGCGACAUCGACAAUUGUCUUACACAAAAUUGCAGCCUAAGACAACUUGCAGAUGACGGAGUGGUGUCUGUCGUAGGAUCAAACGAAUCCGACCUGCAAGGACCCUUACAAGAUACUUUGAACAAUUUUUCAACCUGGGCCAUUGGGCUAGGGAUCGAAUUCUCCACGGAGAAAACAGAGAUGGUGGUUUUUUCUAGGAAGCAUAGACCAGCAAAACCAAAGCUUCAACUUUUGGGUAAACCGAUCACUCAUGCUAUGUCAUUCAAGUAUCUUGGGGUCUGGUUCGACUCCAAAUGUACUUGGGGGGCCCAUAUUAGGUAUCUGAGUAAAAAAUGCCAACAAAGAAUAAACUUUCUCCGUACAAUUACCGGCACAUGGUGGGGAGCCCAUCCCGAAGAUCUUAUAAUGUUGUAUCGAACAACUAUUCUCUCAGUGAUGGAGUAUGGCAGUUUCUGUUUUCAAUCAGCUGCCAAAACACAUCUCAUUAAACUCGAGCGAAUUCAGUAUCUUUGUCUCCGUAUUGCGUUGGGAUGUAUGCCCUCAACGCAUACCAUGAGUCUCGAGGUUUUGGCAGGCGUACUCUCACUAAAAGAUCGCUUCAAUUUAUUAUCUCUUCGGUUCCUCAUCCGGUGUAAGGUUAUGAACCAAUUGGUGAUCGGAAAUUUUGAGCAGCUUAUCGAGCUAAAUUUUCAUUCAGGAUUCAUGAGCUCAUAUCAUGAAUUCAUCUCCAUGCAGGUUGAUCCUUCUUCGUAUACUCUCAACCGUGUUUGUUUUCCUGACUACAUUAAUUCCUCUGUACAUUUUGAUCUGUUCAUGAAGGAGAAAAUCCAUGGAAUUCCAGAUUAUCAUCGAUCGGGGAUCAUUCCUACGAUCUUCAAUGCAAAGUAUGGGCGUGUCAAUUGUGAUAAUAUGUACUUUACUGAUGGGUCCUCUAUGAAUGAGUCCACAGGAUUUGGAGUGUUCAACGAAAUUUAUAGCACCUCCCACAGUCUUCAGAAUCCUUGCUCUGUGUAUAUUGCUGAAUUGGCAGCAAUACAUUGGGCGCUGGACAGCGUCGCCUCACGACCUGUUGAACACUAUUACAUUGUAACGGAUAGUCUUAGCUCUGUCGAAGCUAUCCGUUCAGUGAGGCCGGAAAAGCACUCGCCGUACUUCCUUGAGAGAAUACGAGAAAAUUUGAGUGCUUUAACCAGACGCUGUUAUGUCAUUACCUUUGUCUAGGUCCCUUCACAUUGCUCAAUUCCGGGUAACGAGAGGGCUGACUCAUUGGCAAAGGUAGGUGCAAUUGAAGGCGAUAUUUAUCAGCGUCAAAUCGCUUUCCAUGAAUUUUAUUCUUUAGUCCGUAAAAAUACCAUCGCUAACUGGCAACGUAAAUGGAACGAAGAUGAAUUGGGCCGGUGGUUUCACUCGAUUAUCCCUAAGGUUAGCCUCAAACCAUGGUUCAAAAGUCUGGACUUAAGUCGGGACUUUAUUCGCACCUUCUCUCGACUCAUGUCCAAUCACUGUUCGUUAGACGCGCUACUCUUUCGUUUUAAUCUUGCCGAUGGCAAUAUCUGUGCUUGUGGCCAAGGUUACCACGACAUCGAACACGUUGUUUGGUCGUGCGAGGAGUAUCUUGUUGCCAGAUCGAAUUUAGAAAACUCUCUUCGGGCUAGAGGAAGGCAGCCCAAUGUGCCGGUGAGAGAUGUGUUAGCUGGUUUAGACCUUGAUUACAUGUCCCAAAUAUAUGUCUUCCUGAAAGCUAUCAAUCUUCGUGUGUGAUUGUCCUUAUAUCCUUAUAUUCUCCUUUUCCUUUCCCUUCGCGAGAAAUCAAAUCCCUUCUUACUAACAAUAGAAUAAGGUGAAAUGUAAAUACAUGUUAGAUAUAAGAUAGGCUUAAGAAUUGAGUAUGAUGAAUGUGAGUGUGAACAUUGUCAACAUAUCCUUAUAUCCCAUCCUUUUCCUGAAACAAAAUGUCACCCUUCUAAACUCGAGCAAGCCGCGAGUAAUCGGUUCUCUACUUCAUUAACAUUAGAAUUAAUAAAAAAUGUUUAUAUAUACUUGUAACUAUACAAAUAGGAGUUUGGCUCCUUUAAACUUAUGUAACUGAGCCUGUAAAAAUAAACGAUUUAAUAAAAAAAAAAAAACAGACGCACAGUGAAUAAAACAAUGUUUAUAACGUU